AUGAUGGACUUCGACGGGGGGUCAUCUCAAGAUGGUUCCGCAUACACGCCACAGAGCUACGAAGGUAACUUCAGCAGCCGGGAGCGCAUUGCCAUCGUGGGUAUGUCUGCUCGGAUGCCAGGGGAUGUCAGUAACCCAGUUGAAUUCUGGAACUUGUGCGGUCGGGCACGGAGUGGCUGGUCUGAGAUUCCGCCAGAGCGCUUCUCUCCCGAGACAUACUAUCACCCAAACGCAGGAAACAAAGGAACUCAUAAUGCACGGGGAGGGCACUUCUUGAGCGAGAACGUCGCACUCUUCGAUGCGCCCUUCUUCAACGUGACAACAGCCGAAGCCACGGCGAUGGACCCGCAACAACGAUUGUUGUUGGAAGGUACGUUCGAAGCGUUCGAGAAUGCGGGCAUCUCGAGAUCUGAAGUCAUGGGUCAGAAAAUUGGUGUUUUCAUGGGCGGCUAUGGGCCCGACUAUCAACUCUUGGGACACAAGGAUACGGAAACUGUCCCUAUGUACUUCGCUACAGGGACAUGCAAGGGACUUAUGUCUAAUCGGGUUUCGUAUUACUUUGAUUUGAGAGGCCCCAGUGUGACAGUCGACACUGCAUGUUCGUCAAGUCUCGUUGCCCUACAUCUGGCUUGCCAAUCUCUGCGGGCUGGAGAGUCGACUGCUGCUGUUGUUGGUGGGGUUCAUUUGAAUAUUAGUCCGGAUAGCUUCCCUACAAUACUCUUCUCAGAAACGGGAAAAUCAUACGCGUUCGACCACCGGGGUACUGGAGGCUAUGGUCGUGGUGAAGACGUUGGUUGUCUGAUUCUCAAGCGUCUUUCAGAUGCCCUCGAGUCGAAUGACCGCAUUCGUGCAGUGAUCGUAAAUUCGGGUACAAACCAGGAUGGUCGCACCAAUGGGAUUACCAUGCCUAACGGAUCAGCUCAAGAAGACCUUAUACGGUCAGACGUGGGCUUCGUCGAGGCUCAUGGAACUGGAACGAAAGUGGGAGAUCCUAUUGAGGCAAAAGCCCUAGCCAAUGUACUCGGCAGGGGAAGAACAGGGGACGAUCCAUUACUGGUAGGAUCAGUAAAGACAAAUGUUGGCCACCUGGAAGCGGCUAGUAGAGUGGCCUCGUUGAUAAAAGCUGCAAUGAUGCUAGAACGAGGCUUUAUCCUACCACACCGCGACUUUGAAAGGUUCCCGACCAGUAUAUCAACCAGUUUGAACAUCAAGGUCCCGACACGCCAAAUACCAUGGCCAGCUAACAAGCGAUACAUUUCAAUCAAUAACUUUGGAUUCGGAGGCGCAAAUGCCCACGUAGUGUUGGAGAAGGGGUGUCGCCCAGCAGCACCAGUGGAAGAAUGUGUGGAUGUACCAGGAUCUGACAAGCAAGAACCAAGGCGGCUCUUUGUCCUGUCUGCACACGACGAAAAGGCAGCCAGGGCAAGAGAGCGGCGAUUUGUAAUGCCAUGGAUGAUAGCAUUGACCGCGACAGAAUUAAGUGACUUACCUAGACAGCUGGUAGAUCGACAGUCACGCCCAGUGAGGUCUAAGCAGCCUACAGCAGUUUCCUUCCUUUUCACUGGCCAAGGGGCUCAAUGGCAUGCCAUGGGUCGCGAGCUUCUCAUGACCUACCCUGUGUUUUCCACAACAUUACUGGCUACAGAUGCCGUCCUGACUAAAUUGGGAGCUGACUUCUCUCUUAUCGAGGAGCUGUCGAAGGACGAAGAAACGACCCAGGUCAACGAGCCUCACAUCAGCCAGCCAAUCUGUACAGCCCUUCAAAUUGCCCUGGUAGACCUGCUGCACUCAUGGAAUAUCAAGCCCUCCGCGGUGACGGGUCACUCGAGUGGCGAAAUUGCCUGUGCGUACGCUAGUAACGCCCUGUCAUUGGAAGACUGCAUGGCUAUUGCCUAUCAUCGUGGUAGGACCGCUAGAUGGCUGGUUGGAAACUCCACAUUGCCACCGGGUGCAAUGUUAGCAGUUGGUGCAGGGCCAGAUGAGAUAAAGGGUAUUAUGAGCAGCAUAAGCCAUGGUCGAAUAGGAAUUGCGUGCGUCAAUAGUCCAAGUAGCGUCACCAUUUCGGGUGACAGGGUUGGUAUAUUGCAGCUGGAUCGGAUCUUAGAAGGGCAAGGCAUUUUCCAUCGCAUAUUGAGGGUGAAUGUCGCAUACCAUUCUCACCACAUGCAAGCCGUGGCAGAUGACUACCACGCGUCAAUUGCCCACAUUCGGCCCAAAUAUAGCUGCUCUGCAAACCUGACAUCAACAGUUUUGUUUGCCGACAGUUUAUCGGAUAUGUGCUCAUAUGAGGCCACGGCCAACGGCCCUAGUGAGAUUAAAUUUCGCACCACAGUCUUACUAGAAGUUGGCCACCAUGCAGGUUUGGAAGGGCCAAUUAAGCAGACAGUGCCAGACGGCUUUUCUGAUGGCUCACUCGUGUAUGCCAGCAUGCUGCGCAGAACCAAGGACGCUACCGAGACCGCCCAGAAGGCCACUGGGGAACUGUUAAUGCGGGGUGUCCCUAUAGAUAUUGGGGCUAUCAACCGACCAGUUAUGGGGACCUCAUUACCCCAGGUAUUGUCAGAUAUGCCCCCAUAUCCCUUUCGACACGAUACUCCGUACUGGCACAGUUCACGUGUGAGUCAGAAGUACCUAUCUAAGGAAAGGCCACCUCGUAAUGAGAUCAUUGGAGCUCUAGCGGAUUAUUCCAAUGUGACUUUCCCGAUGGCAGGGUUUAUUACAAUGGGAAUUGAGGCCGCCCUGCAGUGCCGGAAGUUCGGUCUAGGUGGUUUUAACCUCCAAGACUUCGCCAUCCAGAGACCCCUUGUCUUGGACGAGUAUGUCGAAGUUGAAAUGGUCACCAGGCUCUCCCCCUUCAUGCUGGGCCCACAUACAUCAUCGGUUACAUGGAACGAAUUCGUUGUCUCGUCAUGGACACAGCAGCGAGGGUGGAUUCAACACUGUCGAGGGCUCGUUUCUAUUGAGACGGAAAGUCCUGUAUCAGAAGGUUCAACAACCAUCAAUAAAUUCGCAGAGUACCAGGAUGGGAAGUCUCCCUGGGUAACCAGCCUGCGCAAAGAGAAGGUAUGCAGAACCCAGACAGACUGUAAGGCCAUGUAUUCCUCUCUAGAGGCCAUUGGAACUGGGUAUGGGAUGACAUUGCAAGGGUUGAAGAACAUCGCAAUCUCAGGCGGCGGGGAGCUCACAGUUGCAGAGCUACUCGUCCCGGACACAGCAGCAACCAUGCCCCAGGUGUACGAGAAGAAGUAUUUGGUGCAUCCGACUGUGCUUGAGACUGCCUUUCAAGCUGUCUGGCCCCUAAUUGGUGCUGGUAUUACUGGCUUGAACACGUUAUACAUGGUAACUGUAGUUAAGCAAAUGUCGAUUUCGUGUGGCAUGCAGAGUGAUGCAGGGUCUGCAUUAAGAGUACUUGCAUCUCCUAAAUUACUAUUCACACAUGAUGCUUCAUCUGUGCAAAAACGGGAUGAAGUGCAAACCGAAGCGGACACAAGUUUCUCACUUGUUGUAGCCCCCCCUAACAAUCAUGAUCAAGCUUUGAUAAGCUUAGAUGGCCUAAUGCUCUUGCCUGUGCACCAGAGUGAGAAUCUAUCCCUCGAGCAGUCAGCCCGGGGGCUCUGCUACAAAGUGGACUGGAAACCAGUACUCGAAGAGGCUGCGCUGAACAGGUCUAGUAGCAGUGCUAGCAGUGACGAUACAUGCUCGGAAGGGUCCAGUGGACCAUCGUUUGUCUUGCUAGAUCCUGUGACUAUUAUCUACAGACAGGAAGACCAGUUCGACAUUGCCUUCAAGAUAUCAAAGACCUUAGAGCAACUCACAGGAAGCCCAGUCGAGCUGGAACCCUUUGGGGCCAGCGGCGAUGGCGCCAACAACAUGCUAAUCGGUGUUAUCAUAUUUCAUAUUGAUAUUGGGAGAUCUGUUCUUGCGUCGCUGUCUGGUGAAGAAUUUUGGUGGUUGAAGGACACGGCUCUGAGGGCGAGUGGACUUCUUUGGGUUUCAUGCAAUGCGUACGCAGGCCAUCAGGACCCCAACGCCCAUUUGAUAACGGGCCUUGCGCGAUGCAUACGUUCGGAAAACGAGAAGAGGUUUGCAGUAUUAGAUCUGGAGGCUAAGCCAGCACACGCCCAGGGUCAAGUCUGCUCAACACACACAUCGUAUGACAUGGAAUAUCGUGUGAGAAAUGGCCAGUUACAGGUUCCACGCGUGGUGUAUGAUUACAGGACCGACAGCUUUGUCCAGAGCGAGGCACAUGGCGAGGAAAUCCUGGAGAUCCAGCCAUUCUACUCACGCGACAAAGAAUUACGCUCACCGUUGAAACUUUCCAUCAGUAGUCGAGGAGCUCUCGAUAGCAUAUAUUUUAUCCCAGACCCGAUAGUGGGAGCACCGCUAGAAGCCAACGAGGUGGAAAUCGAGAUCAAAGCCACUGCCAUUAAUGCGAAGGAUAUUUCCCAAGUCAUGGGUCAUGCAUCCAGUAGCUUCAUCGGCAUGGAAUGUUCUGGGAUCGUAACCCAUGUUGGGAGUCUAGUCAGGCACUUCUCGGUCGUUGACAGGGUUUGUGCUCUCAAUACGAAAGGGGCAUACUCCCAGUUCACUAGGUGUAGAUACACCAGUGUGUCGCAUAUCCCGGAGGAAAUGGCGUUCGUCACUGGUGCAACGAUUCCCGCAGCGUACUGCGAGAUAGUGUUGAUACACGCGGGUGCAAGUGAUAUCGGACUUGCUGCAAUCAAGCUCGCUCAUUAUAUUGGCGCCGAGAUUUAUGUGACAGUUAAGUCCGCUAUUGAAAAGCAGUUCCUGAUGGACACGUUCAAGGACAUCCUCACAGAAGGUCAUAUCCUAUACCACGAAGAAGCUCUAUUUGGUGCUGGUCUCCGCCAGGAGACUUCAAGCCGUGAAGGAGACGGAGGAGUCGAUGUGAUCCUGAACUCUUUCUGUGUGUCAGGCGACAGCCUUCGUCAGACUUGGGAAUGUAUUGCCCAUUUUGGCCGGUUUAUUGAGAUUGGCAAACGCGAUAUCGAGGCGGAUUCGUGGUUACCAAUGCGCCCAUUCUACUAUAAUACCACAUUUUCCAGCGUGGACAUUGCUGUGAUUGCGAAUGAAAAGCCCCAGUUGAUGAAGCGUUUAAUGUCGGACGUGUUUACGAUGAUACGAAAUGGCAUUGUUGCCCCCUUGCCGGUUGAGCAUACCAAAUCCAUAUCCGAAGUUGUAGAGGCAUUUAGUCUCGUGCAAUCUGGGGAGGUCAUUAAUAAAGUUGUUCUUUCACACGGCGAAGAGGACCAGGCGCCCAUCCCCCCCUUACCAAUGACCCUUCUUCAUGCGAAUGCGACAUACAUCUUCAUCGGCGGAACCGGUGGCCUUGGUCGAGAGAUAACGCGAUGGGUGAUCUCUAAAGGGGCCCGAAAUCUGCUACUUCUCUCCCGAAGUGGAUCGAUGGGAGAGGAGGCUGCGAGACUAAUACAAGAUGCCACGAUAAAUGGAGUGGUCGUUAUGAUACAGAAGUGUGACAUCACAGAUCAAACUCAGGUUCGUCAAGUGCUUCAGGAGCUUGUUGCUGUGAACAAACUUCCUGUUCGGGGCAUCAUCCAGGGAUCUAUGGUUUUCGAUAACAUGCUGUUAGAAGACAUGCAAUAUCCAUUAUGGCAAAGGGUCAUCGCUCCCAAAGUGGCCGGGACCUGGAACCUUCACCAUGAGCUUCAAGCGGGCGGCCAUGAACCUGACUUCUUCAUCAUGCUAUCCUCGAUAUCUGGUAUAAUCGGCAGUCGUGGUCAAGCACCAUACGCAGCUGCCAACGCCUUCUUGGAUGAAUUCGCCGCAUUCCGACAGGCCCAGGGAUUACCAGCCACCACCAUCGAUAUAGCACCAGUAGUGGAUGCGGGCCGGCUGGCGGAGGAUAAUCUUGGCGAUGCGAAGAUCUUUUCCAAACGGUUUGCAUCCGAUUCCAUUUCCCAAAAGGAAGUCAUGGCACUACUCGGAGCAGCGAUAUAUGGGGACCUGCCCGCAGGUCAGUCUCAGUGUCUCACUGGGCUGAAGUUGACUAGCGAGUUAAUAAAAUUUCGAUUCUGGGCUUACGACCCCAGAUUCGAAUCUCUACUUAAGGAAGCAGAGCUCUCGUUGGAGAAUGAUCUCGACACACAUGGCGGUGCGAAGAGUUUGGAUUCUGCUGUCAAAGAGGCGCAAGCUCAAGGGGAAGCACAGGCCCUGGACGUGGUGUAUACCUCGUUAUCUCAAAAGAUCGCUGACAUUCUCAUGAAUUCCGUAGAGGAUAUUCAUCCCACCAGCUCCGUGGCUACCUGCGGUCUUGAUUCUCUUGCUGCAGUUGAGUUCCGUAACUGGAUAAGUCGCGAGCUCCAUGCUCAGUUACAGAUCCUGGAGAUAAUUACCAGUUCAAAUCUUGAGGUAUUAUCAAGGACAGUUUUGAGUCGGAGGAAGUGA